AAUUGCGAGUGGAUUUCUAAAAGAAAACCUAUCGACAUUUCUGUUGUGAAAUAGUAUUUUUAUACAGACAGAUAGAUUGGGAAUAAAUCAGCUGAUCGGAUACGUUCCCAGUUCCCAGUUGCAUAAUCGGGGUGUUCCGUGGUAAAAAGAAAAAGAGGAGAUCGGGUGCAGUUGCAGGAUUAAGGGAUGCGCACGCGCCACCGACUAUGGAUUUUCCUUGGCAAGGGUGGCGAAAACCCAACCGGCGGAUGCUGACGACGGUUUCCCGCAGUCGGGCAUUGGAAAUUAUGUCGCCGACUCCUGACUAUCCGUUUUUCCAAACGUUCUAAAGUGACGGGAAUUCAAGGGAGGACUUCGACGAAACGGUUCGCACUAUCCUACAACGUUUUCCUGGGAUUCACAAGUAAAGUAAUGGCGUAUCCGUGAUGAUGCCCCCACGACUUUCCGCGCGUCGGUUAUGCUUCGUGGUGUUGUUCUUCGCCAGCGUCACCCUCUUCAUCUCUCUCACCAAUAACAGAUUGCCAUGGCCGCCUCGCAAACCAGAUCUCAGUGCGGAAUCGAAGCAAGACGACCAGCAGCUGCAAAAUUUACAAAAGUUGCAGCCUGUAGAGAACUCCAUCGGGGAGGAAGACGUGGUUGUCGAUGAUGGGGAAGAACCGACGAAGAAACCGGGAAAACUGUGGUUCCUUGCCGGGGGCACCGAAUAUCCCGGCAAUCACAAAGGGCCUCCCAGGUUGUUCCCCGAUCAAGCUGACGGCGAUCGGGUGGUCGAUCAGUUGAUGUACGUUCCCGAAACGUAUCAAGGCUACGACACCCCGGAAAAAGUGAUCCUGGUUUACAAUGGACUGGGGGCGUGGGGUCAGAAAUCGGGUUCGGGAAGCUUCCACGGUUGUCCGGUGAGUCGAUGCUCAUUGACUGACGACCGGAGUCGGGCGACGAAUGCUGACGCAAUCCUUUACAAGGACCACUUCAUCCAUCCGGGCGUACCCCGACCAAUGAACCAGGUCUGGAUACUUUAUUUUCUCGAGUGUCCCUAUCACACACAGAGCAUUAAGUUUGCCGACGUGAUCAACUGGACCGCGACUUACAGACGUGACAGCGAUUUGGUCGCGCCGUACGAGAGGUGGACCUACUACGAUUCUCAGGUGCGUCAGAAGGUUCAGAACAGGGAUUACGCGGCGAACAAAACGAAAAAAGUCGCCUGGUUCGUAUCGAACUGCGGCGCCCGCAAUGGUCGUCUGGCCUACGCCCGCGAACUGGCCAACCACAUCCAGGUGGAUAUAUACGGCACGUGCGGCCCCCUCAAGUGUCCCCGUCACGACAAGAAAUGCUUCGAAAUACUCGAUCGCGACUACAAGUUCUACCUCGCCUUUGAAAACUCCAACUGUCGCGACUACAUCACGGAGAAGUUCUAUGUAAACGGCUUGUCGCAGAACGUGCUGCCGAUCGUGAUGGGCGCCAGGCCGGAGGACUACCAGCGGAGCGCCCCCGAAGGCUCGUAUAUCCACGUGGAUGAGUUCGCCGGUCCGAAGGAGUUGGCCGACUAUCUCCAUCGCUUGGAUAAAGACAACAACCUGUACAAUUCGUACUUCAAGUGGAAGGGCACGGGGGAAUUCAUCAACACAUUUUUCUGGUGCAGGCUAUGCGCAAUGUUGCACGCACCUACAGUCAAUAGGCACUACGAAGACGUGAACGACUGGUGGAGGGGUCCCGGAGUUUGCACCUCCAAAUCGUGGAGAAAUGCGGAGUUCGUGUAGCGCUCGCACACUUGCGGACUUAGUUACCUACUCUUCUUGUUUUUAUUACUGUAUAUUUAUUGGUAAUUUAUUAAGUUUUUAUUACA